AUGAGGGGACGAGCCCUGACACCCCCUCAAGGUCCACGGGGCCUCCGUCCUCCUGCCCCCAGCCAUGUGCCAGUGUGUGCCACGUCCCUCAGCUGUGUGCCCAUGUGUUCCAUGACCCUCAGCCGUGUGCCUGUGUGUGCCACAUCCCUCAGCCGUGUGCCCGUGUGUGCCACAUCCCUCAGCCGUGUGCCUGUGUGUGCCAUGACCCUCAGCCGUGUGCCCGUGUGUGCCACAUCCCUCAGCCGUGUGCCUGUGUGUGCCAUGACCCUCAGCCGUGUGCCCGUGUGUGCCACAUCCCUCAGCCGUGUGCCUGUGUGUGCCAUGACCCUCAGCCGUGUUCCUGUGUGUGCCACAUCCCUCAGCCGUGUUCCUGUGUGUGCCACAUCCCUCAGCCGUGUGCCAGUGUGUGCCAUGACCCUCAGCCGUGUGCCUGUGUGUGCCAUGACCCUCAGCCGUGUGCCUGUGUGUGCCAUGACCCUCAGCCGUGUUCCUGUGUGUGCCACAUCCCUCAGCCGUGUGCCCGUGUGUGCCACAUCCCUCAGCCGUGUUCCUGUGUGUGCCACAUCCCUCAGCCGUGUGCCAGUGUGUGCCACAUCCCUCAGCCGUGUGCCAGUGUGUGCCACGUCCCUCAGCCGUGUGCCCGUGUGUGCCACAUCCCAGGGCUGUGUGCCUGUGUGUGCCACGACCCUCAGCCGUGUGCCUGUGUGUGCCAUGACCCUCAGCCGUGUGCCUGUGUGUGCCAUGACCCUCAGCUGUGUGCCCGUGUGUGCCAUGGCCCUCAGCUGUGUGCCCGUGUGUGCCAUGGCCCUCAGCUGUGUGCCCGUGUGUGCCAUGACCCUCAGCUGUGUGCCUGUGUGUGCCAUGACCCUCAGCCGUGUUCCUGUGUGUGCCAUGACCCUCAGCCGUGUUCCCGUGUGUGCCAUGACCCUCAGCUGUGUGCCAUGAACUAGGCAAAGCUCCAGCCUCAGACCUUGGCCUCCCUCACAACAUCAGUAGUGUGUGUUUCAUGCUCGUACCUGCCAUAUGUUAUUUGUAUUUAUUUAUUAAGUAAAUAUGUCUCUUCUA